AGAGCCAUCGCGGUGCAGUGGCGGUGAUCAAUACACUCCGCGGAUCCUACGUACAUAAACAUCACGCACGGAAUCACGGAGACCGGUGCGAUCCCCUGGUUCAGUCCAUAAUGAGCUCUCAGCGAGAAUAAGUAGUGAAACGUGCGUGAGGACUCCAAAAGCAAGAUUUAUUGAAAGUGCGUUGCAUUAGGACCGCCGAUCACUUGUACCCUUGGCGAGGACAUUCGAGGACAGUUGAAAUGUGUGAUUGAAAAUAUUUGAAACAAGUGUUUUCCUGAAAUCGAACACUUAAUUGCAGUAUUUUUGGCAUCGACAACUUUUGAAUGAAUCAGUUUUGAUUAUUUCUGUAUGCGAAGGACAUUGUUUGGGAUUAAUUAAGCACUUCCUUUGGAAAGUUUGCUUCCAAAAUGGUACAAGACAUAUCCACCACAACCAUUCCCGAAGAACUUUACAAUUUAACACAAUUGGCGGAAGUCACACUAGCGGCCGGCCGUUUAAGUACAACCAACGUUAACGAAAUAACCGAUUAUAUAAACAACGAGAAGCUGAAAAACGAUUCUCCAAAAAUUAACGCAAACCCAUUUUUGACUACUGACAAUAAACAACCCAAAUUUCGACGUAGACAUACCAUCCCAGAAAACUGGAGCGAAACCAAUGAAUCCACUCAUCAAGAUCGUUUCCUCGAAUCUGGUGAACAUUCCGUAAUAAGGAGAAAUCAUAGCAUCGGUGAAAAUAUCUACAAAUCAUCCUCAGAGAGAAUGCAAUUUUUCUCAUCCUCAGACGACGAUUCGAAUUACUACAGCCAUAAAAUUUUCGAUAAGAAAAAAUCCCGUCGAUCCACUGUUUCCGACAGCCAUUCAAAAUUCGAUGAAUUAUCCUGCAGUAGUCUGCCGAGUAAUGCAAGCAUUUGUAGUGGAGACGAACAUUCAUCUGGAACCAUUUCGAAAACCAUGGACGGAAAAUCUCCAAUGACAGAAGAUGAUCAUGUAUGUCCCGAAUGCGGCAAGAAGUAUUCUACUUCUUCCAAUUUGGCCAGACAUCGGCAGACUCACAGUUUGACCAAUUUUAGAUCGAUUCUGGAUAAGAAAGCGAGGCGUUGUCCACACUGUGAAAAAGUUUACGUUUCCAUGCCAGCUUAUUCCAUGCAUGUGAGGACUCACAAUCAAGGAUGUAAGUGCCCACACUGUGGUAAAUGUUUUUCAAGGCCAUGGCUUCUUCAAGGACAUAUUCGAACACAUACUGGUGAGAAGCCUUUCAAAUGCGAAAUUUGUUCCAAGGCGUUUGCAGAUAAAUCGAAUCUCAGAGCCCAUAUUCAAACCCAUUCGAACACGAAACCGCAUGCAUGCAAUCGAUGUGGAAAGGCCUUUGCACUUAAAUCCUACCUAUACAAACACGAAGAAUCGUCCUGUAUGCGAAAUCAUCUCAAACAAGAAAAAGAUCGAAGCCAUAAACAAAAGUCCGACUCAACAAAAUUACCACGUGAAAAACCAUCAACGUCGACAUAUAGCCCUUCUUCCAUACGCGCCCUAAACCCUCCACCUACUGGAAUAAUGUGGAUGCCUGACACAACUCCGCUGGAAUCAUCCGAACCUAAAAGUGAGACAUUUGACGAACCACCACAAAAGUCAUAUACCACACUAACAUCGCCAACGUCUCCGGAUGAUUUUGAUCGAUUCGCAAGGAUCAGCGUCAUUAGGAACCCCAUCUCCCCUUCAAACUACGAUUCAAGCGGAGGCACCGGCACUUUGCAAUUGAACUUCUAUCAAGAAAAUCCUGUUGACUUUUCGCCUAAGAAUAAUUUUACGCACUCAAUGAAAACGAGUCCCUUCGAGCUGACUCGUAGUUAUGCAAUAGUAGCAUGAGAUCCUUUGAACGAAACCACCACUAUGUUAAGCGACAUUUUCUAGAUUAGCUUGAUUCCGAAUUUAUAUAUGUAAAUAUAGUAUUCCAUCUUUUAUUAUUGUGGACCAAUGUCAAUGCCCUGACCUUUUAUAAAGUGGGUGACAAGCCUGGUGGGGCAGCUCAUUGCCAGAAACUACGUGGGAAAUGAUAAUAUUGAGUAGUAUUAUAUUGAGAAUUGUAUUAUAUAGCAGCCGGAUAGUCCUAGCAUUUAUAUUAAACUUUUGAUAGUCAAAUCCAGUAACAUGUAGUAUAAUGAACGUUGGAGCUCUAGGGGAUGGAUAAUAGCUUAUAUUCCAUUGGGUGCAGGCUGAAUUCAGUUCUAAUUCAAAACAGGAUAGUCGUCUAAAUAAAAAUACUCUUAACAUAAUUGCAGAGUUCUUCUUUACAUAAACUACCCCCUAAGAAAAGUGAGUCGAAAACCGUCAAGUUAUUAUAAAUAUUUUCUGUACAAACAACUGUUUUAGAUCACCAGUACUUAUAAUAAAUUGUGAUAAUAUAUUUUAGAUUUCUGUAGAAUAAAAUAUUUUAAAAUUGGGUAGAAGGUAGAAAACCGUUAAACAGGUUUGGUAAACGAACGAGAUUGUCUAGUCUUUAAAGAAUUUUUGUUAGAUAAAGUUUUUUGCUAAAGUCAAGAGAAUUCUUUCUUCAUCUUUAGCAUUUCUUUACUUUGAAAAUCUUCUAGUUUUAUCUUUAUUUACUCGUGCGGCGUUAUGCCCAACGGUAUCUAUUUUUCAUUUAUGUAUUUUUUUAUUAUUUAUGUAAGAUGCUAAAUGUUAAUGCAAUUGGCCGGAAGAGUGCAAUAUCUAGUUAUGCAAUGCAAUGUUUGUCGUGAGCUUAGGUGAGAGGAAUUUAUCCGUAGUAUGCUUCCUUUGAUUACAUAGAUGACUUUUGUAUAUUAUAUAGAAUUUAAAAUAGAAACUUAGAAUGUGUUUUUUGUAUUUUUUGUAU